AUGAGCAACAUUGCAGAGGUUCUUGCUAAAAGGCAGGAUAGAGAAGACGGUGUUGGGACAAACAAGAAACCGAUACAAUUUAACCAACAGGACUACGAGAGUCUGAAACGUGAAUGUUUGGAGAAAAACACAUUGUUUUGUGAUCCGACCUUCCCUGCGGGUUCUGAGUCUCUGGGCUACAAUGAACUGGGACCAAAUUCCUCCAAGGCACAAGCAGUGGAGUGGAAAAGACCAAAGGAGUUGUGUGCAAACCCUCAGUUUAUUGUGGAUGGUGCCAAGCGGACUGACAUCUGCCAAGGGGAAUUGGGUGACUGUUGGCUUAUGGCAGCCAUUGCCUCUUUGACUCUAAACCACAACAUUCUGGAGCGUGUUGUUCCACCUGAUCAGAGCUUUUCGGACGGUUACGCCGGCAUCUUUCACUUUCAGUUAUGGCAGUAUGGUGAAUGGGUGGAUGUUGUCGUUGAUGACAGUCUGCCUACCAGAAAUGGACGACUGCUGUUUGUUCGUUCAGCAGAGGGUUCAGAGUUCUGGAGCGCCCUGCUGGAGAAGGCCUAUGCAAAGCUCAACGGCUCGUAUGAAGCUCUGAAUGGUGGCCUCAGCACUGAAGGUUUUGAGGACUUUACAGGAGGUAUUGCUGAGAUCUAUAAGCUGAGUGAAGCCCCUCAACAUCUGUUUAAGAUCAUUCAGAAAGCACUUGGGUUGGGCUCCCUGCUUGGGUGCUCAAUUGAUGCUACCAGUGCAAAUGAAAUGGAGGCAGUGACCAGCCUAAAGCUGGUAAAAGGACAUGCAUACUCUGUCACUGGUGCAGAGGAGGUUCAUUGCCUCGGAUGUCCGGUGCAGCUGGUGCGUCUUAGAAACCCGUGGGGUCAUAAGGAGUGGAUGGGUGCAUGGAGUGACAACUCCAGUGAGUGGAAUAAUGUCCAACCGGAGGAGAAAGCGAAACUGAAUUAUUCAGCUGAGGAUGGAGAAUUCUGGAUGGCAUAUUCAGACUUUGUGCAGAAUUUCUCAAUGCUGGAGAUUUGUAAUCUGACUCCAGACACUUUAACCAGUGAAGAGGUGGGUCACUGGAACUACUGUCAGUUUGACGGCAACUGGAUAGUGGGAUCCACCGCAGGAGGCUGCAUUAACAAUAGAGAUAUGUUCUGUUCAAACCCUCAGUUUGUGAUCAAGCUUGAGGAUGUUGAUGAUGACCCUUAUGAUGGAGAAGAUGGUUGCACUUUGCUGGUGGGACUAAUGCAGAAAGAUGGCCGCAAAGAUAAACGCAUUGGGCGAUCUCUGAAUUCCAUUGGCUUUGCCAUCUAUCAGGUUCCAGAUGAGUACAAGGGUCGCAGUAAUGUUCAUCUUGGCUCGGAUGUGCUGCUGAGUAGAAACCAGGUUCCAGGCAGCAACAACUUCGCCAACCUGCGAGAGAGAAGCGAGCGCUUUAAGUUGCCUCCUGGAGAAUAUGUCAUCAUCCCCUCCACUUUUGAGCCCAAUCGCCAAGGAAGUUUUAUACUGCGUGUGUUUACAGAGAAAGAGGCGGCCGCCAGCCCAAUGGAUGUUAAUAUCACUGCAAAUAUUAUAAAGGAUCACAUUUCUGACAGUGAAGUGGACCCAAGUUGUAAAGAGCUUUUUAUGCAAUUUGCUGGAAAUGACUCAGAGGUGUCUGUGAAGGAGCUACAGCAGUUGCUGAAAAAAUUUGUGUCUGAAAGAACUGAUAUCAAGUCUGAUGGUUUCAGUAGGGAAACGUGUCGUCACAUUAUCAGCCUGCUAGACAAAAAUGGCAGUGGCAAACUUGUUCUGGUGGAGUUUCACAAACUGUGGAUAAAGAUCCAGAAAUAUUUGGAAAUUUUUAAGAAACACGACACAGACAAGUCUGGCACUAUGAGUUCAUAUGAGAUGAGAGAUGCAGUAAAAGAUGCAGGGUUCCAAGUGAACGGUGAAGUACUUCAGGUGAUAAUCUCACGUUAUGCCAAUAAGCAACAAGCCAUUGACUUUGAUAACUUUGUGGGCUGCCUGAUCCACUUGGAGAUGCGCUUCACAACUUUUCAAUUGUUCGAUAAGAAGAAUACUGGGAAAAUUGAUCUGGAUAUCCAGCAGUGGCUUUGCUUGACCCUCGAUUAA